AUGGAUGGCCAUCAUAUCAUAACAGCGGUGGUGAUAAUGAGGGGGACCAUCGACCAUGAGGCUAGUGUGAGUGAGUGGACAGUGGUCAUCGUCGUGGUCGUUUUCGAACACCCGCGGUGGCAUCGAACGAGAGCUCCUCCUCGCCUCCCCCACCAGCGCGCACGCGGUCGCGGGACGCCGAGCGCGGCGCGAACAAAAGCCUGUUUACUGCGCGACAAGCUGUCAAGAUUUACGAGCGGUAAUCCACAAAGCUUGCGGCGGCGCGCACUGAUUGGAUCGGCGCACUUCAAAGGCGCCAUCAUGCGCGCAGGGGUCGAGCGAUACACAAAAGCGCAGUGCGGAGGGCGGAGCAGCGUCUCUUCGCGGCGACGACGGCGGCGGCGAUCGGCACACACCGUCGGCUGGCAUUCGUUGUACUCGGUCCGCCACAGACUCUAG